AUGGACAUGUCCAGCCAUCUUUUGGCUGCUCUCAACCUGCCCCCAAUCCGCGACGUUCCUCCCUACCCUUCCGGGUCCGACUCUCAGCCGAGAGAUCGUCCGGCGCCGCUCGAACCAUCCACGAGUCAAGAUGCGUACAGCUCUCCACAAUACCAACAGGGUCGGCGAGAACCGAAUCAGCAACAGCAACAACAGUCACAGACAUCUCAGCAGCAGCAGCAACAACAGCAGCAGCAGCAGCAUCAUCAACAGCAACAGCAGCAUCAACAGCAUAACCCACAACAACAGCAGCAGUCUUCCCCGACAGACGUGCCGAAAGAACCUUCACAACGUCAAGAUGCGCAGGAUGGGCUUGAGGAAUCCAUAACUUUAACAGCGCGAAUGAAGCCUCAGCCUGCACCCAUGGCCCCAUCAAUGGAUAUCGAUACAGUAAAGAGCGAGAAAGAGAAUGCGGCGGCGGCGGAGAACCGCCAAGACCAUAAUGCAACUCCAUCAGGAAGCCGGUCGUAUCCAGCGCUUCUACCAUCCGCACUGGCGACAACCGAGGGUCAGUCGUCCAAAGGAGCAACAACACCUAAUAGACCCACGUCUUCGUCGGUCGGAGGGAAAAGCUCAAAUCGAAGGGCAAGAAGGAAAUGGACAGAGGAGGAAACUAAUGAUUUGAUCAAAGGAUGUCAUAUUCACGGUGUUGGUAAUUGGAAAAAAGUUCUCGACGAUGCUCAGUUUCACUUUAACGGUCGUUCAUCUUCACGACCUGCUGCUACUCCAGUCGAACCGGUUGCGGUUUCCCCGGUAGCACCCAGAACGCCAAAGGCACCAGACAGUGAUAAGGGAAAAAGGAAAGCUACGAGGACAGAGCUUCACCAUGCCCAGGUCCUAGAAAAACUUGGAAUUCCAAAGAGUUUUCCGAAAGUACAGCGUCGUGAAAGGAGAGAAUUUACACAAGAUGAAGAUUCGCGUCUUCUUCAAGGAUUUCAAAUUCACGGAGCUUCUUGGUCAAAGAUACAAAAUGACCCACAGUUAAACUUAAAUCACCGUCGAGGCACAGAUCUUCGUGAUCGAUUCCGAAAUGCAUUUCCAGAAAGAUAUGAAUCGGCCGGCUUCAAAGCUCGCCCCCGCCAGAGACCCAAACCUCCACGUUCUUCCGGUGAAACCAAGGAAGGCGAGGAGGAGGAGUCGAGCCAGGAUGGCUCUUCCAAGGGAAAUAUCAACGUCAAUAACAACACCAAUCCUCAUACCAAUACCAACACCAAUAACCAUAACAACAACGCCAGUACGACAGACUUGCUUAUGCAAAGUCUCCUAGCCGGUUGGGGCAACAGUCAAGAUACUGUCAUGCCUUCGUCUGACCAAUCGCCUGCACCUGGGUCAUUGGCGUUGGAUCCAGCACUUAAUGAAGGGUUCGCAGGCGCCUCCCUUGAACAAAUUACCGAUGACUUCUUAGCAGUUGCCCAGGGGGGACCGAAAGAGGGCAGCCAGAACCCUGAACCUGAAGGGCCGCACGAUAAUAUGGUGAGGUGGGAGGAUAUGGCUACGCAUCAAAUUUUUGAUCUUGAUCCUUCCAUCGCAUCUACACAGGGACCUGCACCAGUAGCACCAGUAGCACCGGUUGCUCCAGUUGCUCCAGUUCCAGUUACCCAAGUUGCCUCGAUCGCUCCCAUCGCUCCCGUUGCUCCCGUGGCCCCAGUUGCCCCUGUGGCCCCCGUUGCUCCCGUUGCUCCCGUUGCUCCGGUGGCUCCGGUAGAAACUCUCUCUUCAGUCAGCGAAGAGAAGAAAAACGCUUCCCCCGUUCACGAUGCCACCCCAAAUUCUGAGGGCACGGGAAGAAAAAGGUCACCAGAGGAAGGGCCCUCAUCAAUGGAUGUCGGCGCAAGUGCAAAGAAGCGUCGUACUGGAGAUGAUCCUGCAUCUACGGGCACUGAAUAG